UUGUUCGAAUCACUGUGUGUUGGGCUCCUAGCUACGAGUGUGCAACAUGUCCGGCCGCGGCAAGGGCGGUAAGGGUCUUGGAAAAGGCGGCGCUAAGCGCCACCGCAAAGUCCUCCGGGACAACAUCCAGGGCAUCACCAAGCCCGCCAUCCGCCGCCUGGCCCGCCGUGGUGGAGUCAAGCGCAUCUCUGGCCUCAUUUACGAAGAGACCCGCGGGGUGCUGAAGGUGUUCCUGGAGAACGUGAUCCGCGACGCGGUCACCUACACGGAGCACGCGAAGCGCAAGACUGUCACCGCCAUGGAUGUGGUCUACGCGCUCAAGCGCCAGGGCCGUACGCUCUACGGCUUCGGCGGUUAAGCUUCAACCGUGUCUUUCCCCCAAAAGGCCCUUUUCAGGGCCACCCAUCUUUUCACUUUAAAGGGUUGUAUUCUCCGUGUUUCCUCUAGGGCGGCAUUAGAGCUUUUGGUCUUAGGAGCUGCGUCUUUGGACAUGGGCAUUUUGGGUUUUAUGGAAUGUUGCUUUGGUAGCUAGUUCACUAUGGUAACCAUACUCUUAGGUUAUUUGUGUUGGGCUACUUAGUAAGUCGUGAUCCUUCCUCACCUACGGAGUGUUUAUGCCUGUGACCAUUCCUAACUGUUUACAUGUGUGUUAGUGCAGUGGCCUUUAGAUUUUUUACCUUAAUUUUUAAGAAUUUUUUUAGUCCAUUAUAGCAACUUGAGAGAUGCUGUUAAGUCUGAAGUCUUAUAACAAUAACGUUCCUUUGUUGUAAUCAGAUUUUUGUUUCUGAGACAGUCGAAAUCUGUAUAGCCUGGACUAUGUAGCAGCUGGGUGAAAAUUGUGCCAUUUUCCCCCAGGUUCUCAAGUGCUGGACUUAGAGGUUUUAGGUAGCAAACCUGGAUUUUUCCAUUUCUUUAGCACAAACUUUUUCUGUUAUAUAAUUUUUUUUUUUUUAACAAUUUUGCUAGUCAGAAAGGGCAGGGCUGGGGAGAUGGGACAGUCGUUACUCAGAGAACUCAGAUUGGAUUUCCCAGAACCCACAUGUUGGCUUUCAAUUGUGUAACUCCAGUUCCAGGGGAUCUGACCUCAGAGCAGGCAACAGGCAUGCAUGUGAUGGAAUUACAGGUCCAAAGUAACAGGAAAAGCCUACUUAAGUUCUGGCCCGCACACAGAAGAGACAGAAAAAGAAAAAAGGAAAACGUGUAGUUUCAGGAAGUGGACAGAUCCUGUAAAGCUUCAUGACUGCUCAGUUUGAAGAAACAAUGCUAGGGGAGUGGUGUUCGGGACUGAAAAGUACAGCAUCUCAUUAAAGGAAAAAAUACCAUGUAUCUCUAGCAUGGCUUAUGGUGAAACUACCUACCUACCUAAUGGCAGUCCCAGAAUUUCCAUCCCCCACAAUGAGCCUUUACUGUUACUUAAAAUAUAUACAUAUAUAAUGUGUGUAUAUUCCAA